AUUUGUCAUCUCUAAUAUGACCUUGUGUUGUUAACACGUUUUUUAAACCUACCUUAAGACAAAAUGUCGAUAUGUCUGUAUCGAAUGCCAAUAGCUUGAAUUUUAACCUAUUACUUGAUGAAAUAGAAUCAGGUAAUAGUGGGUCACUCGCAAAUGUCAUUCGAAAGUUGCGAGAAAAUGAGGUAGCUGCCUACAAAGCUCAUGUUGGAGGUCCAACUGGUGAACUAAUUGCAAGUUUUAUAGCAGCACUUGACUUGCGGGCAUCUGAACACAAUGCAGAAAUAGAGAAAACCUGCAGCUACCACUAUCAAAGUUUCGUUGAUUCAACAAGAGAGCUGCUUGGUAUUCAGCAGAAUGCAGAAAACCUCGAAAGGGAUUUACAAACGCUGAAUGUAGAAUUAGAAGUCAUGGUUAAUAAGUUCAGUGAAUCGUGUAACAAAUUAGCUGCUUGUAAACAAACUUUGGAUCAUAUCAAUCAGUGUAUUGAAGCGAUUCAAAUCAGCCUUCCCAUAUUGGAACAGUAUUCUCGUAUUGAACAAAGUAUUGCUGACGGGAGGUAUUAUCAUGCUUUGAAAAAUUUAGAGGAUCUGGAACACUCUCAGUUAGAUCUAAUUCGUCCAUUUGCUUUUUCUGAAAUUAUUAUACAUCGCAUACCAAAAACUAGAACGGGAAUCAAAAAUGCAAGUCUUGGUGAAUUGACUGAUUUUCUUGAGUAUAUACGUAAGAAUUCAGUGAUUCUUGGAGCUUUCGCUAUGCAAGAAGCUGCACAUUCCUCUGGCAUAGACAGUGAAGCUUUAUUCGACACUUUAGCAACUAAUGGAUAUAAAGAAACACCACGUGAAAAGAAAAAGUCCAAUGCAGAACUACAAAGCCAUGUGUCAAUGAAUUCUAAAACUCAUCAAAAAGGACCCGCUGGUACCUAUACUGAUGGAUUAGACAGUGAAUUGGAAAUGUUAACUCAGAUUGUCAAUAAUGCUAACAGUUCACGUGCUGUUACUGCCAGUGAGCCAACAACACGUGCUCGGUUAAGUGAAGAUCUACGUAAUUCUUCAACACACUCCAAAGUUGAAGAUUUAGUUGAUUUCGGACCGGUUUAUCGUUGUCUACAUAUUCAUUCAGUUUUAAAUGAAAGAGCUGAAUUCGAAAGACACUAUUGUGCUCAACGACGAAAACAAUGCCAGUUGACCUUGAGUUUAUCACCAAAUCAACAGGUUGAAAUGCGUAAUUACGGUGAAUUUUUCAGUGCUAUCUGUGGAUUUUUUGUUGUCGAUGAUUUUAUCCGGCAUACACUGUCUGGUUCAUCAGCAUUCUAUCAAACAUAUCUAGAUGAAUUAUGGGUGCAUACAGUGAAUCGCUUGGUGGAUUUUGUUCAUGCCAAUGCUAAAUCGUGUAAAUCACCAAAUGAUUUAAUUAAAUUAAAAGAUUAUUUAAUUAUAUUUGAGAGAACUAUGGAGAAUUUAGGUUUUCCAAUAUCCGGUCUAUCAGAGACAAUUGGUAUUGUUCAACGCUACUAUCAUCGUCUACUGGCUAGUCAAUGGAAAUCAAAGUUUGAAACGAUAGUUGCUGAAGACAAAUAUGAACCGAUAAAAAUUUCCAAUCCAGAUGAAUUAGCCAAAUUUCUUGAAGUCUAUCCACCAGGUGAUACUGUAGAAUUCUCUGAACUACCCUAUCCUCGUCAAUUAUGUUUCUCUUGGAUGGUGCCUAAAAUAUUUCAAGCAGUCCGUGAAUAUAUUGAUUUAUGUCAUCGAUUUUGUGAAAAUAUGAAUCUUGCCUACACUGAACUAGAGGAUACAAUAAAUCGUGCUACAAAUUUUCUCUUUUCUCAAUGUCUAAAUGUUGUGUUAACCUCCGGUGUACAAAUGUAUUCACGUCAACUACCUCAUCUUACACAAUUUUGUAUAAAUUUAGAUGAAUUAGAAACUGUAUGCGGUCAUUUAGAUAAUUAUCUACAAUACAAUGUGUUAGAUGAUGCUUCUGGUGUGAGCAGUGGUCGAAUACGGGAUUUCGCUAUGACUAAGGAUAAUCAACAGGAUGGUGGUAGUGGUGGUGGUGGGGGUGAUUCAGCAGCAGCAGCAGCAGAUAUGAGUAUAUCAGUCACUACACUGAAUUCAGGAGCUAAUCCACCACGUAGUCGACUACACGGUGCAUCAUUACUUAAAGAUAUACGUGUAUUAGUUGAAGAUCAGAUAUGUAAUCACUUGAAGGAUAGUGUUGCAGAAUUUAUCAAUUUGAGCAAUUAUGAUGAUAUUGAUGACAAUACUACUAACACGAAUACUAAUACUACUGUUAAUCAUAAUGGUACUACUGACCAACUAAUGCAUAAAACCCUGGAUGGACGUAAUGGUAUUAGUUAUAAUGUAACUAGUGGAGGUGUACAAAUUAAACCAACUGAAAGCAUUGUCCAUUUAACAUCAUGGUUAAAAUCUGUAUUCGAUUCAUUUGCUAAUUUACCGCCGAAAAUUACUCAAACAGCUUGUAUAUCUGUUUGUAAGCAUAUUGCACGCUUAUUAUAUGAUGUAUUGUUUGGUUCACAAGUGCGUUCUCUUACUGAAACAGGUCUUCAACAAUUGAGUAUUGAUUUAUCUCUGUGUGAAUCAUUUGCACGUUCACAACCAGUUCCAGGCCUUGAUCGUACUACCUUAUGGUUAAUUUUUGCUGAUCUACGCCAGCUGUUAGAUUUAUAUCAUAAAGAUGAUUGGGCAGCAUAUAUUGCAUUUCGUAAAAGAGUUGACGGAUCAGGAAAAUAUGGCAGCCCUUAUGAUCGUGUUCCUCCAAGUGUAGCAAUCAAGUUAUUAGAACGUGUACGUGAUUCUGAUAAAAAGCGUACAGGCUUCUUACAGGCUAUGCGUAAAGAAGAACGCGGGAGGAAAAAACGACUAGACGAUAUUAUUCGUCAGUUACGUGAAUUGAAUGUCACACCUCGAAAUAAUGCCAAUACCUAACUAACUAAUAAUUAAUUAAAUGAUUAAUUAAUUAAGUAAUAUCAUGCGAUUGUUUCAGUGCGAAAGGAAAGUUUAUUUUGUUUGUUUAAUUACCUAAUUUAUUUACUUAUUUAUUUAUUAACUUGAUAAUUCUAUAUAUUUUAUAUUCCAAAUGAAACAAACAUUCAUCCUGUUUUAUUUUCCAUUUUUUUUGUAUCAACAAUUAUAAAAUUCACGCGAUAAAAAAACAACAGCUUCUUUUGGUUGUGCAUGCUAAUUUUUCAGAUAUACGCUUAUUACUACUUAUUGCUGAUUAUUAGUAGUAUUAUUCUUGUAAAGAAAAAAGAGAAAUACUUGUCUACUUUUUGCGACUUGUUCUUUUUCUCUUGUUUCCUUUCUUUUCUUCUUUCUUUUUUUCUAUGAGAAUAUGUACACAAUAAUUUGUAAAGAAAAUGCAUCCCCUGAUUUUUUUGGCUUACGAUGUGGUGGUGUUGUUGUGUUUUUACUAUGUGUAUGAGAUUUCUAGAUCAAUUUUCAAGAGUUGUUUUGUAAGGAUUAAAUCAGUUAAAGAACAAUUGAAAACCGACGGGGAGUACUGGAC